AUGUUCGUCGAGAAGAUGUUCGCCGUCCCGAUGGCCGCCGGCUACGAGGGUUUCCCCUUCAUCGCGACACAGGCGGAGAAGGAGAUGGCGGAGGCGUUCGCCGGCAAGGCCAGGGCGGAGCGGCAGCCGUACGCCCUCAAGGCCAAGGCGGAGGGGGCGAGGUUCGUUGUCAAGGCGGGGUGUGGCUCUAAGAGGAAGGCGGAGGAGGACCGUGAGGAGGAGGCGGCGUUCACCUUCAAGGCCAAGUCGGAGGAGGAGGCGGCGUUCACCUUCAAGGCUAAGUCGGAGGAGGAGGCGGCGUUCACCUUCAAGGCUAAGUCGGAGGAGGAGGCGGUGUUCACCGUGAAGGCCAAGGCGGAGGAGGAGGAGGAGGAGGAUGAUGAUGACUGCGACUCGGACGAAGAGGAGGAGUUCAUGGUCAGGCUCAUCGCAGACUACAACGCCCAUGCCGACAAGCUCAGGGCUGACCAUCCAGGGAUGAAGUACAAGGACUACAGCACUGAGGAAUACGCCUACAUGCGCCUCCAGCCGGAGGAGGUGGAGGACGAUGACUGCAACAAGAUCGAGAAGCUCAGGGCUGAAUAUGCCUACUUGUUCUGCAAGCUGGAGGAGGAGGGUUCCCAUGGUGUUGAUGGGCUUGUUCGGGCGUGA